ACCAAGUACUUUGGAGUCUGGGGUGAUAAAUUCAGAUGCCAAGCUUUUGGGGUCAACCUGAUUCCCAACAAGAAAUGGGAGAUUCUAACAAAUCUCCAUCCAUUUGGACACCUGAUGAGGUCCAUGGUCAACAAUCAGAAACCUCAGGGCUUGGGGUGAUAAAUGCAACUAAUCUACUGUUUGAAUCGACUCUGAUUCCCCUGUAGGCGAGGAACAUAUUGAGGAAUCUGGAUACCACUGGUCGCCAAAGGAGAUUCAGGCAUUGUUAACACUCUGGGCAGAUGGUAGUGUUCAGAAGCACCUCCUCUCCUAUAAAAACGAGCACGUCUAUGCCAAAUUUAGUUCAGAGCUUGCUGCCCUGGGUUUUAAAAGGACGUCGAAGCAGUGCAGACAAAAGAUACAAAUACUGAAAAAGGAACACAAAAAAAUCAAGGAUAACAAUAACAUGAGUGGUUCCAUCUAUCGUGAAGAGAGUUGGUUUGCCAUCGUUGAUAGUGUCCUGUGUCACCAACCAAGUACUUUGGAGUCUGGGGUGAUAAAUUCAGAUGCCAAGCUUUUGGGGUCGCCUGAUUCCCAACAAGAAAUGGGAGAUUCUAACAAAUCUCCAUCCAUUUGGACACCUGAUGAGGUCCAUGGUCAACAAUCAGAAACCUCAGGGCUUGGGGUGAUAAAUGCAACUAAUCUACUGUUUGAAUCGACUCCUGAUUCCCCUGUAGGCGAGGAACAUAUUGAGGAAUCUGGAUACCACUGGUCGCCAAAGGAGAUUCAGGCAUUGUUAACACUCUGGGCAGAUGGUAGUGUUCAGAAGCAGCUUCUCUCCUAUAAAAACGAGCAUGUCUAUGCCAAAUUUAGUUCAGAGCUUGCCGCCCUUGGAUUUAACAGGAAAUCUAAACAGUGCAGAGACAAACUAAAAAAGCUGAAACAGGAAUAUAGAAGAGUCAAGGAUGACAAUAACAAGAGUGGUUCCAAUCAUCAUGGAGAAAGAUGGUUUGCCAUCAUCGAUAGUGUUCUCUGUCACCAACCAAGUACUUUGGAGUCUGGGGUGAUACAGUCAGAUGCAAUGCUUUUGGAAUUAACUCAACCCAAUUCCCCACAAGAAGUGGAGGAUUCUGAUCAAUCUGUAUCCAGUUGGACACCUGAUGAGGUCCAUGGACUCGUUGGUCACCAACCAGGAACUUCAGGAGCUGAUGUGAUACAUUCUGCUACUAUGCUGCUGGAGUUGACUCAACCGGAUUCCCCUGUAAAAGAGGAACCUUAUGAAAAAUCAGGAUACAGCUGGACGUCUCAGGAGGUCCAUGCAUUGUUAACACUCUGGGCAGAUGAGAGUGUUCAAGAGCAGCUUCUCGCCUAUAAAAACGAGCAUGUCUAUGCCACAUUUAGUUCAGAGCUCGCCGUCCUUGGAUUUAAGAAGACUUCAAGGCAGUGCAGAGACAAACUAAAGAAGCUGAGGCAGGAAUAUAGACAAAUCAAGUUUGACCAUAACAAGAGAGGUUCCAACCAUUGUAGAGAAAGAUGGUUUGCCAUCAUGGAUAGAGUCCUCUGUCACCAACCAAGUACUUUGGAGUCUGGGGUGAUAAAUUCAGAUGCAAAGAUUUUGGAGUCGCCUGAUUCCCAACAAGAAAUUGAAGACUCUGACCAAUCUUCAUCCAGUUGGACACCUGAUGAGGUCCAUAAUCUCUUUGGUCACCAAACAGGAACUUCAGGGGCUAAGGUGAUAAAUUCUGCUACUAUGUUACUGGAGUCGACCCAAUCCUAUUCCCCAGAAGAAGUGGAAGAUUAUGAGGAAUCUGGAUACCGCUGGACUUUGCAGGAGGUUCACACAUUGUUAACACUCUGGGCAGAUGAGAGAGUUCAGAAGCAGCUUCUCUCUUAUAAAAAUGAGCACGUCUAUGCCAAAUUUAGUUCAGAGUUCGCUGCCCUUGGAUUUAACAGGACGUCGAAGCAAUGCAGAGAAAAGUUAAAAAAGCUGAAACAGGAAUACAGAAAACUUGAGGAUGACGACAACAUGAGUGGUUCCAUCUAUCUUGAAGAAAGCUGUUUUGCCAUCAUCGAUAGUGUCCUCACUAACCAAACAAAAGCUCAGGCUUAUUCUUUUCCAGGUGCAGAAGACUUUGGUCCCGGUUUAACUCUGUCCUCACUGCGUCUCCUUGCUCCACCAUUACGCUUGAUGUCAGCAUUCAUGUGGCAAGUGGCUCAGCAGCAUAUUGUAAAGCAUUAUGGGAAGCUGGAGGAGUUUGUGACUUUGGUGACAGAGAUGGUUCCAGAGCUGCUGAGUUCCAGGCAGAGGACACAACUUCUUCUGGGUCUGAGAGCAAGGCUGGUACUGGAGUUGUGUCUCAGUGAGAGCACAGCUGACCUCGUGACCAUCCAGCCUCACCUGGACAAAAUCCAUUAUUUGACAGAAUACGCUGUACACAAAGAGAGUAAUGAUGAUGAUGAGUUGGAGGCUACAGAGUCUAACUUUGUGGAGCUGGUCCAAACCCUGCUGGAAGACCCGUCUGAGCGGGAGCACUUCUUCCAGGAGGUGUUCCCAGCACACUAUGGCCCUCGGUAUGACACCGCACUGCAGGUACUGGUGUGGGAGUUCCUCUCCAGACUGGAGGAGCUGCUACCUGUACCAGACUUCACACAGACAGCAGCAUGGCUUGGUGAUGCCCCCUCUGUCGUGGAGGAAUGUGGAAGCACCAUCUUUGACACUGAAGAGCUGAAGACUCUUCUGCAGCACCAUCAGCAUCAUGGAAACCUGAAAAGAGGUUAUUUCUCUUACUACACUGCAGAUACCAUCCUGUCCACACUUUCCUUCCCUCCAACAAUAAGAGUUGUCAUUAGCUCUGAGCAGGCCAGCUCUGACAAAACAAGGUCAUGCUCCGAUGGAGAUGAAUGCUUAAAGAAUGGGAUAGAGAGAGAUGCAGAAGGACCAUUUAAUUGGGGCAGAGAGGAGGAGGAAGAAGAUCAUUUUUAUUUAGAGCAACAAGAGCAGAUUAAUGUUUUACCUGCAGAGAAUUCUGGUCCGUGUAUCCCAGUACCCAGCAACGGAUUGAAUAGUGACAUGGAAUCCCAGGUCCUCGCCUGCUCCCUCUGCUCAUUCUCUCACAGUGAUAUGGCAAAACUCCACCAGCACAUCAGGAUUAGGCAUCGAGCAGAGGACCGAAAGCUUCGACGCCCUGAAGAAUCUGGGACUGAAAAGCACCUUCCCUCAAGCAGAACAAAACUACUUCACCAGCACAUCAGGACUAGGCACCAAGGAGAUGAACAGAAGUGUCAACACUCUGAAGAAUCUGGGACUGAAAACUUUCCCUCAAGCACAACGAUUAUCCCCCAUAGACCCAAUAACAUGACUCUAAGCUGCCCUCAUUGUGGGAAUGUUUACCAAAACCUCAACUCUCUGAAAAAACACAUAAGAAUUCACACAUUUCCAUUCUGUUGUAACCAGUGUGAGAGAAGAUUUUCUACCAGAUUAGGUCUGAAAAGACAUCAGCGAGCUCACACAGGGGAAAGACCAUUCAAAUGCUCUCACUGUGACCGGAGAUUCAUGUGUGCAUAUUCACUCAAAAUGCAUGUACGCACACACACUGGGGAGCGUCCCUACUGUUGCACUAUUUGUGGGAAAACAUCUGUCCAACAUCUAGCAAGACACAUGCGGAUGCAUGCAGGGGAGAAAAACUAUUUAUGUAGCAUCUGUGGUAAGGCAUUCCUUAGCUCAGGAGAACUGAGGCUGCAUACACGAUCGCACACAGGAGAAUGUCCCUACACCUGUGAACAUUGCGGAAGGGGUUUCAAAGCAGCAUGCCAUCUUCAGAUUCAUAUACGAAGAUUUCACACAGGGGAGCGUCCAUACCCCUGCACCCUGUGCACAAAACGUUUUGUCAUUCUCAGUGAACUUAAAAGACACAUGUUAAUUCACACGGGUGAGAAAGGUCACAAAUGCUCCAAGUGUGGGAAGAGUUUUUCUUUAAAGGAAUCUCUGAAAACACAUCUUAAAAGUCAUGGAUUUUAAGACGUUCUAGACAGAUCAUAUUAAUUAUGCAUAAAGUCUUGUAGACGGUAUUACUUCUUUCCCCCACAGGUCAGGCGUUAUGGGUGGGUCUUAGGGGGCCUGGCUCGUCCUACUGUACCUCUUUUCCCAUCCAAAUAAAAUAUUGAAAUAUU